AUGGGUCUCAGUGGCUCCGCCGCCUCUGAUCUGCGACUAAUCACCAUUGCAGUCCUUGGCUUGGAUCAGGCUGGCAAAACAACAACAGUGAAAGCUCUAGAAGGAGUUCCUACCGACUGUGUCACACCAACUCUUGGCUAUUGUUUAUCACACAUUACUCAUAAAAAUGGGAAAAUAAAUCUAGUUGAUUUAGGUGGUGUUUCAACGUUUAGAGACUCCUGGAAGCAUUAUUACGAUGAUUCGCACGGAUUCAUCUAUGUGAUUGAUUCAAGUGAAAUGGAACGAAUUGAGGAAAAUCAGUCAGUGUUUGAAAAAUUAUUGCAAGAAGAUAAAGUCAAAGGAAAGCCAAUACUCAUAUUGGCAAAUAAACAGGAUAAACCGAGUGCUCUCGACGAAAAUGGUAUCUUGAAAGCAUUGAACAUUGAAAAAUUACUGGAUCAACAUAAAACACUAUGCAGAGUGAUAUUAUGUACAGCCCAAUCACUUGGUCGAGCCAACAAAAUUAAUGAAUCUAUUACACAUGGUUUUGAUUGGUUGGUUAAAACAAUCAAUGCUCACUAUGAAGACUUACGUAGGAGGGUAGACAAUGAUGUACAAAUUAAAAAGCAGAUUGAAAGUAUAGAAAAAAGUGAACGAGCAGAACGUGUAAAGAAAAUUAGGGAAGAACGUGCUAACCAAAGCGGUGGACAGCGAGAAAACGAUGAUGAUAUAUAUGAUGGCACAGAAAAUCCUUAUAUCCCCAUUCAACAAGCCAUUAGAAAUGCUGAAAUAAGAAAUUCAGAUUGA